AUGUUUAUCAACGCUCCUUCAGUUUCACUACUUGCGACCCUCGCCGCCCUCAGCGAGUUGACUUUCGCCGCGCCUGGCAAUGUGCAAAAGAGAGAACUUUCAGCUCGUCAGGAUAGUCGGCCGCGCCUUGGCAAUGUAGCCUACGGUUCCGAGAUUGUCUCGUGCAGCAGCCCCGGCAAGAUUGCCCUCACUUUCGAUGAUGGACCGGGUACUUUGACGGCCGGCAUCGUCGACACCCUCGAGAAGAACAAUGUGAAGGGCACCUUCUUCAUGGUUGGAAAGAAUGGAGGGGAUGGACUCACCACCGGGAACUACGACUCGCUCCUCAAGCGCAUGCAUGCCAGCGGCCACCAUCUUGCCAGUCACUCAUUCAGCCAUCCCAACUUUGACGAGAUCGACUACGACCAAAAAGUCCUUGAGCUCGAGAAGAACGAGAAGGCUUUCGCUGACAUUCUCGGAUUCAUCCCAACGUACUUCCGCCCUCCUUACACCGCCUGCAACGAGGAGUGCUACCAGGCCCUUGGGGAUAUGGGCUACCAUGUUACUGACUACGACCUCGACACCAAGGACUGGGAGGCCGGCGGCGUCAACGCCAAGGCGAGGUACAGCUCUGCCGUCAAAGCCGCCGACCCCUCCUCCAGCUCGUUCAUCUCGCUGUCUCACGACAUUCAGGAUUUCACCGCCAACGGUUUUGUCCAGUUCAUGAUUGACGUGGGCAAAGAAAAGGGUUUCCAAUUCGUUACACUCGGCGAGUGCCUCGGCGACCCUGCGAGCAACUGGUAUCGUGACCCGAAGACCUUUGGCCCUGCCGAUACCUCGAUCGACCCCCCCGAGCCCAGCACCACCUCGAUUAGCAGCACUGCGACACCAACAUCCACCAAGGCCCCCGAGCCCAAGAAGCCCAAGGAGACCACCAAGACAGAGUCGGAGGCGUCAAGCUCCACCAGUAUUGCCAAGUACAUCCCGGCGCCCACCGAAGGUCGUUUCAUCGAGGCCAGCUCCAUCGUUGAAACUUCAACCUUUGUGUCUGAAGAUGCAUCAACCACAGUUACCCUAACUACUACCUUUGCCACCACGACCGCUAUAACAGUCGCUUCUUCUGCUGUCACGAGCAGCACCUCCAACACUACCAGCGCAGAGCCCUCGACACCCACGGAAACCAGCAGCGAGUCCGCGCCGUCGGCCGUUGACGAGGACAGCGCCGCCAUUGCAGUGCCUGCGCUCUCCAGGACCUUCGUCGGUUCUCUGGUGGGUUUCGCAGCCUGGAUGCUUCUCUAG